ACCUAUCUGAAUUCGUCCUAUAAGAAGCUGUUAUUUUUAUUGCGCAACAUUUUCCAUUGCAAGAGGUUUUACUAAGGUGUGGCCGAAUGAAUACACCUGCGUAAGUGAAACCUUUCACACUUAAACAAACUGGUUUUGCCAAAAGUCUGCUUAUGGCUUUUACAAAUGAAACAUGAGAGAAGAGAGUAAAGUCUGUCGCUUUCCUGACUAUGUGAUGAACUUACACCUGCUUCCUGUAGUUCUGUCAUUGGCAGUCAUCAUAUCUGUCACUCUCUCCCAGGACCUGGUCUCAAUCCAGUUUAAGUCAGAUCCAGUCCUGGUGCAGACUGGCACCGAUGCGGUCUUCACGGUGGUCACAGUGUCCCAGGUGUUUUCCAUCACAUGGGGAUACCCAGGUGGGGUGACCCCCCUGGGGCUUUGGGUGGGGGGCAGUGCGGUGCUCAACACUGUGACCCAGUACCAGGGCAGGGUCACCAUCACAGCCACCCAGCUCCGUAUCAGCAGUACCCAGCUGGGAGACGCGGGGAACUACACAGUGCAGGUGGACCCCUCGCCCACCACGGGCCUGGCCCAAAACUCAAGGUCCAUACAGCUCAGGGUAUUCGAUGCAGUGGAUGGCGUGACUAUGUUUGUGCCGUCAGUGGCUCUGGAGGGGGGCAAUGUGUCUGUGCGCUGUACCUGGACCAAGGGGACAGAGACCAGUGUGAUGUGGGGUAAAGGGGGCUCUGUUCUCACCUCGAACUCCAGGGUCACUAUCAAAGGGGGCGACCUGGUGAUCAACCCAGCCAGGAGGGAAGAUGCCGGGGUCUACUCCUGCACCGUCGCUAACCUUGUCAGUGCUCAGACCGCCUCAAAGACCCUCACAGUUUACUAUGGUCCUGACACCCCCGUGCUGAGCAAUGAUUCUCCGGUAGACUGUGUGGGAGGAGCGGAUGCAGUGCUAGGCCAGACGAUCCGUCUCACCUGCGCGUCCGACUCCCUGCCCCCUGCCACUUUCUCCUGGCAAUACAACAAUGAACCCGUGGCGUCUGGACAACCAGACAGUGGCGUGUUCAGCCUCCAGACCUUCUCCACCAACCAGAGCGGCCAAUACAAGUGCGUGGCUAGGAACGCCAUCACGGGCGCCACGUCGGAGCAGGGGACGGGCCUGGCCAUCGUGGGCACAUGCCUCAGUGCAGGGGCAGUGGCUGGCAUAGUGAUUGGCUGUGUGGUCGCUCUGAUCUUAAUCAUCAUGGCCAUCGUACUCCUGGUGCGCUGGAGGAAAGUUGACCGAAGACCGGAGGCCACAGGACAAAAGGGACACCCAGACCUCAUGCUUACACCUCCAGAGCCCCCUCCACCUGGUACCCGGACUUUAGGUGGCCAGCACUCUGUCCCACCCGAUGGCCGUGAAAACACACACACACCGCCACGCGACACUAACACACUUCAACACAAUGGCCAUGCCAACAGCAAGGGGUUCCCACACAAUGCUCAACAUCAGAAUGCCAAUUCAUUUCCACGAAAUGCCACCACGCAGGAACACAACACUUUCACGCGCACUGCUGCACCUCAGAAUGCCAACACACUCGACACCCUCCCACAGAUGACUCAAAACCACCCGAACAAUCCAAACAUACUCAUACAAGCGGGUUCUACUCAGGUCGGUGUUAACCUUAACACACCGCCACACAACCAGCAAAAUAGCAACGCACAGCUACCCACGGUUCACGUCAAUCUCAAUUCCUAUCCAACUAAUGGUCAACAUCCCAACCAACAGUCACAGCAACAAUUUACAAGCCCACAGGACAGUACAAUGCAGUGGAGUGCCAUCAAUGUAGCCAACAGUGUUAGUGCUCCUCAAGUUCAAAAUAAUAACCCACAAACGGUCACACAGACUGGACAGUCAUACUCCAAUCCCAGGAUGCAACUUGGCGUGUCAUAUCCUGGUGGUCCUUCACAGGUUGACCACAGUAACUUAGACACUGGUCCUCAAGUCUCUACUGGUCCUGUUCCUACUGGUUACACACACGGUGGUCGAAGUCACACUCUCCAGCGAAACGCCAACACACAGGCCUGCCAGAGGGACCAGGCUACUGAUACCCAGCCUAGACACUCCAACCCAGCAGCGGCCAGUUCUGUGCCACGGGAUGCCAGUCAUGCCACACCAAGUGCCAGCUCACACCACCAACAAAUGCCUUGGGACCGUCUGAUGGGCACCCCGGCAUACCCCAACAACUCCCCCAGAAGGGUACAGGCUUCCCCCGACAGCAGCUACACCUCUGAUAGCACAGAGUCUCCGUCCCCGGCUAGACGAUUUCAACCACACACCCGAAGGAGUGGGCCAGGAGCACAGACCCAGAGCCCCCCACAAAGCCGAUCUGCACCCAGGAAGGCUGCACCGGCGGCGGACAGACAGGCCCAGAACCUCCCCCACACUCAUGGGACGAACAAUCAGCCUGGGGCUCCAAGCCACACACAGUCGCAUAUCAGUUCCCAUGUACGCGAUACACCAAGGCAGAGAGCCCGACAGGAUGUCAGAGCUCAGUCCCAGAUCACAGCUCAGACCGCUUCUCAAAGCCAGACUGGCCCCAGGCAACAAAAUGCCUCACAUAGCCACCACAACCCCCAGCCGCAACAACAGGGACCAGGCGCUCCACAGGGACUAAUAACCAACAUGCCCCGAGGCACCACACUCAACACUCAAGCUCUAACAAAUCCAAAUCACAUCCCACAGACACAAAUCGGGAUUCAGUAUGGUAGGGGAAACACACAUAUGUUACCGCAGCCCACACAAGACCAGAGACAGGCAGCAACACAAGGUUGGGGUGCAAUAUCACAGCCUGUUACACAGAACCCCAGUAGCCUCACUCAGACGGCCCUGGAGAUGCACACACUGACGACCCCUAACCCUUUUCACAACCGUAACCACCAGACACAGGCCGCCCUGCUCAACACCCAAGCUCGAGGCCCUAACCUUGGGCGCCAGCGGCCCCCCACGCCCCCUCCCGUGAUCCCUCUGGCUCAGUUUCAGACUAUUCCCAGAGAACGCACACAGCACCAGUCUCCAAACCGGGGCCCCGAUGGCCCUCUCAGGCCCCCAGUCAACAUACACACCACACAGAGACACCCCAGCGCCCACCCGCCCCACAGACAUAUCGACGCUACCAUGCCGGCCAACCUGCACUCAGGAAAUGGCCACCACGUGCACGCUGAUAACACACACAGGCACGGACAAGGUACUCAACAUGCCCACAGGAAUCCUGCCCACCCACGCCAGACCCACCAAGGGAGGCCGAGACACUGAGUGAUGCCAACGGACACACACACACACCAGCAACUGACAAGAGGAGAAACACAAGCAUGGAUGACUAUGGGAGCCCUACUCUAAAGCAAUGGAGACCAAGCAAAAACGCACGUAUGCACGUGCACACACACACACACCCCCACCCACUCACACUCUAUCACACACACUUCCCGCAGUCGACUCCUCCUGCCUGUCAAGUGUAUGUUAUCUGUUGAUUUUCAACAGUACUGACAAUGAGUCACUGGAAAACACACACUGAUGUGUCCUUUCUGAAGCACCAUACAACCAAAUAGUAGGAAUGAGAAAAAGGCCUUAUUGAUGGCGAGAAUCUCCAGGCCGUGUGUACGUGGCCUCUCCCAUUCAGCGUGUUGAGAGAGAAUGAGGCACUGCCACAACAACGAGGACUUGUUUCCAUUCAUGUCUGUGUGUGUGUGUGUGUUGCUCCUUGUGACUAGAAUAAACAGUAACAAGGACAGGAAAAGAGAACCCUUGCUGGACGGAUUCCAAUUGAUUGAAUGGACUUGGCCCCUGGGAACUAUUGUGUGAAAAUUCUGAAGGAAAUAAAAACCCCUCUGUGACUUGCUUUAUUUAAUAUUUCCAUGGAAGUAUUUACGUGUUGACUUUUUUGUUUACAGAUGCUUCUCUUGACACCACUCAAUUAAGGGGAUUCGCUUCGGUGCCUGGGCUUCGGAAGCAAUGCGCAACUAACUAUGAAGGAGACCCCACAAAUGGAUGGGCCGCUUAUUAAUUAAGCGCUUUUCGGCGGCUUAAAUGACUCGGAAAAUAAUAGCGGCCAUGCGUGGAGGAGGUCAGCACAAAGAAGCUGCUGAGCUGCAACAUUUUCCCCGACUCAGCAAAGCAAAACAAUUUGCUCUGGGACUACAAUGUUCUUUUGUGUGGGGGAUUGGCACAUUACAAGUGAUCUCUUUUGGAAGGAAUCUUAGUUUUCUUUAGAACAAAAUGUGCAUUUCAUGUUUUUGUUUUUCUGUUACGUGGUAAAUAUGUUGGCACUGCCAUUGCGAUAUGUGUCUUUGUGACUCAGGGAGGCUGUUUUAUAUUAAAAUACAUUUUCCAUGAGAAUACAGAAUAGAGGGCCACCAGUUGGGGAACCCUGGGCUAGGGGUUGUUUCUAGAUUGGAAGCCCCCUCUCUUCCCCAUCCAAUUCCUUUACUUGACUUGAGGUUUUUAAAGAUUAGGAGUCUCCAUUGAACAUGCUUUUCAUGACCAGUUACCAACUGGUAUAAUCUUAACUGCCUACUGGUAUAAUCUUAACUGCCUACUGGUAUAAUCUUAACUACCUACUGGUAUAAUCUUAACUGCCUACUGGUAUAAUCUUAACUACCUACUGGUAUAAUCUUAACUGCCUACUGGUAUAAUCUUAACUACCUACUGGUAUAAUCUUAACUGCCUACUGGUAUAAUCUUAACUGCCUACUGGUAUAAUCUUGACUACCUACUGGUAUAAUCUUAACUGCCUACUGGUAUAAUCUUAACUGCCUACUGGUAUAAUCUUAACUGCCUACUGGUAUAAUCUUAACUACCUACUGGUAUAAUCUUAACUGCCUACUGGUAUAAUCUUAACUGCCUACUGGUAUAAUCUUAACUGCCUACUGGUAUAAUCUUGACUACCUACUGGUAUAAUCUUAAUUGAUUUUGAGAUAAUCUUGGCCUCCAGGCAUUCUGAUCAUCUUCAGGUGUUACAAAUAUUCCCAGAAUAUUGUAUUUACUAAACUGUUUUUAAGUUGAAGAAUCUGCGCUGUAAAAUUACCAGCACCAGAGUUGCCAGACGAAUACUGUAAUUUUGCUCCACAGCAGAGAUUUUCCUUACUGUGAAACCAAUUACUGUAUUCCUGCUAUAAAUUUGGGCACAUGAUUCCAUGGCAGAAUCUAUUGGAUGAGUCAUGGUUGAUAGAGGGAAUAAGCCCACUGAAUCUCAAGCCGUACCUUAGAGCAAUAACAACGAGGAAGAUAUAUGUUGAUCUCUGUAUUCGGUACUAAGAACAGGAGAAAGUCCUUUAGAUAAACGAGUUGACCUUUUGAACCCUGUUUUGUAUGUGCUGACACUCGGUGAGUAAGACACGUUGAAUUGAAUAAAAUACUGUUAUUCUUUUGCCGAGUAUGCAGACUUCCUUAGGGAGUUGUUGAUUUUCCACAUGAGUGAAAUGUAUGUCUGUUUCCUCAGCUUGUUAUGGAGGAAUUAGGAGCUCCUGGCUUGCUGCUCGAUCAGUCCCUUAGCACAGCUUCCACUUGUGAGUACAUCAAAUACAGCCCUGCUCCACAACUGCUAAGGUAGAAGGACUUUGUACUGUUGAGGAAUGGUCGAAAUCAUAUUAUAGUUAUCCUCCAAAGCUAAAUGACUGUCUGUUCUUCCAAAAUGAUAGGAAUAUGUCACGUAGGAAGACUCCAUUGCCGACUGUACAUGCUGAUACUGCUUCUUCCCAGGAUGCAAUUUGCAUGUACAUCGAACGUGGUUGUUUUCCUCUCCUUCCAUGAUUUACUGUGUUUGCUGCAGCAAAUUUUAAUUGUUUAUGCUUCACAUUAGGGCAAUAAAUUAGCGUACGAAACAAGGCAACAGGAAUGGAUGUGUAAAAUCAGCAUUUUUGUUGUGAUUAAAUUACUUUCUGGUG